AUGAUACUUCCAAUCUUAAUCGGAAGUGGCAUUCAAGUAGCCUGUGUCGUGCUCCUAUCACUAUUCCUUGGAGUGAUUGGAUUCUUCUCACCUGUCAACUAUGGAUAUAUACCAAUGGCUAUCAUAGCUAUGCUCACUGUCACAUCUGUGUUCUCUGGAUACUUCUCAACAAGGAACUACAUGUUGUUCAAUAGAGGAGAUCUCAAGAAGAAUGCAUUAUUGACUGCAAUAUGCCCUCAAGGAGUGAUAUUCUUGAUAUUUAUUAUGUCUGACUUAUGUCUUAGGAGUGUAGGAUCAUCGGCUGCUAUAUCAGCUGGCUCAAUGUUCACUUUGAUUGGACUCUGGCUGGAAAACUACUUUGGCAUAACAGCCAUCAGGUCACCACAGCUGAUCAAUGACAACACCAUCUACACCAUUGGAAUUAUUAUGCUGUUAGGUUUGUUGUUUAAUGCUGGCCUGUAUACAGCCUGCGUCAUCGUCAAAUUUCUCUUCAGAUUCGAGAACUAUGAUUGGUGGUGGCGAUCAUUCGAGACGAUGGGCUUCUGUGGCGUCCACCUAUUCUUCUUCAGGUUGGUCUAUUUCUGUUUGUGGGGUGACAGGAGUGCCAGUGGCCUGUUCAUCUACUCAUGCUACUCAUUAAUAUACUCCCUCUGUCUAAGUGUGAUGACUGGAUCCGUUUCCUACUACUUCAGUUUACUCGUAACAAGAAGGAUCUACAAUAACAUUCAUAUCAACUAA